CGGUCGGCGGCGGCGGCGGAGCGAGUACCCGGCGCUCCCGAGCGCCACUUUCGGCAGGACGCGCCACUAUCGCCGUCAUUGCGCUGUUUGUGAGACUCCGGCGACAAGUGUCCUGUUUCAGUAAUGUGAGUCUAGUGAUGGUGUGUGAAUUUAUGUUGUCAUACUGGUGAUAGUAAAUAAUAAUCUCACAUUGAUUUCAACAUGUACUGGUAGCUUCGAGGAAUGACCGGUGCUAAGCCAUUUUUUAUCAUAAUUCAACAUUUACCAUUCUUCGCCGUGGACGCGUGCUGACCAACACUAGUAUAACCUCAGUCAAGGCUAAGACACUAUCGUUGCAGCUUCAACCAGACUCGCAGGACAGGUGGUUGGCUCUUCUUGCGAUAGCAGUGGUGGGGUGACGCUCGCGGGAUCGCUUGGCACCCCCGUGGCGAAUGUUUUCCUCGGCGCGAUGUUGCACGGGCUGACUGGUGAUGGACAGUGGUGACGGGAGUGCCGACGGACUGUGGUGACGGGAGUGACGACGGACUGUGGUGACGGACAGUGGUGACGGGCGGUGGUGACGGACGGUGGUGAUGGACAGUGGUGACGGACAGUGGUGACGGACAGUGGUGACGGACAGUGGUAACGGGCGGCAGGUCGUGGUGGCUGAGCUAGUGAUUGAGGCAGUGAGACACCCGCCUGGACCGUCGCCGGCUCGAACCCUGUCAGCUGGAAACAAGAGUUGAUUCGGGAACUGGUGUCCUUUUCUACCAGCUGUCGGGUGCUGGGAGAACUCGUGCCCGUCCGGACGGCCGUCUCCGGUGCCGACCGCAGCACCAAGCACCUUCGACUAUGUGACGCCGGCUGGAGACGGCGGCGGGCGCGGCGGGGCACGGCGGGCCGGCGCCGGCGCCGGGGGCGUCUCUCCACGAUUCCUCACCGUGCCGAGUCGGGGGCCCUGCCGGAGGACGGCUGGGUGGCCGACGGCGCACCCUCCGCAGCCGGGCAGCGCCCAGGAGUCGCCCCAGCGGCCGGCGGGCUGGGCGCCGUCCCCAGGCAGCAGCGUCCAGACACGGCCGGCACCCACUCGGGAGGGACGCUCGGCAAACACGAAGGCCGUGUCGCUCCAGCAACGGGAGCCCCCGACAGGCAGAAGGGGAGCGGUACCGCUUCUGCUGCACCGACAAAACCCUUUAGAUUGGUUCCAAACAAGCAUUUAUCCCCAGGAAUAUCUUUGGAAACGAUUCCUAUCAAAAAGAAAGGAUCAGAUUCAUCGGAAAGAAAUUCAGACACUGUCCCAGGCAAAGCAGACGGACCUGGUACACCCGGGACACCCUCAGAGUCAACUCCAGCCCGACAGGAGAGUUGGACAACACCUGGAACACCCUCAGGGUCGGUCCCAGGCCGACAGGAGGGCCGGCCCGCCGCGGGCACUCCCUCAGGGUCGGUCCCAGGCCGACAGGAGGGCCGGCCCGCCGCGGGAACGCCCUCAGGGUCGGUCCCAGGCCGACAGGAGGGCCGGCCCGCCGCGGGCACUCCCUCAGGGUCGGUCCCAGGCCGACAGGAGGGCCGGCCCGCCGCGGGCACUCCCUCAGGGUCGGUCCCAGGCCGACAGGAGGGCCGGCCCGCCGCGGGAACGCCCUCAGGACCGGCACCGGUGGAGGAGCGCAGGCCAGUGCCGGCGGUGCACUCUCGCGCGUCACUGCGGAGACGCUCGGCCGGCGGCAGCAGGAAGGGCAGGGCCCGCGGCCCGCGCGCCAUAAUGACUAUGUCCUCGGGGCAUAAGGAGAAUGACGCGCAAGACACCAGCUACAGCCCGGCUCGAAUACAGGAGAUGAUCUGCGAGCUCAACUGUCACGUGGCGCUGUUGCGGGAGCACCUGCUGGCGAUGGGAAGCAGUCGCGACUCCCCCGAGCUGCGGGAGCGCAUCCGACGCACGCGGCUGGACUGCAUGACCAGCUGCCGGCAGACGGCCGCCCGCCUGCUGCCGCACAUCCGCAAAGAGAUGGAGAGCGGUAUCCUGGUGGACAGCCAGUGCCUGGUGCUGCUGUUCAGCUGCACGCAGCUGCUGCUCCGCGAGCUGCAAAAGACCACCCGGCUCAUAGACACCAUGCCGAUGGACAUGUCGGCCUACUACGAGAGCCGGCCCGGCCCGUCCAGCUCCGGCCUGGGUAACGUCAUCUCGCAGAUCAUUCUUCACGUGCCGAUCACACCCAACUUUCAGCGCGAGGAGCUCAUCAGCAUCGAGAAGGACUGCCGCGAGAUCGAGCUGCUGCUGGACGAAAUGCAGGAGUUCAUGCCCAAGGCCGAGUCGGCUCGCGUCAACAUGUGGGCCAUGGAGGGCCACGGCCUGCUCCCCGGCAAACCGCGCUGGAGGAGAGAUACCAAGGUGGCCAGCUCGUGCUGCUGCGCCGGCGUCAGCUCCCUGUUGUGAGCCGCCGCGCGGGCCCGCACCGGGCCCACAUAGACCCUCACCGGGCCCACGCCGGGCCCCGGUAAACCCCACUGCCUCCCGGUGCCGAGCAGGACCAGCAGGGAGCCCCGAGUGUCUGCUGCCGCCAGGACCGUGUCGUGGUGCGUCCCCGUCGCCGUGUGACGGUCGGUGUGGCCGGACCGGGCGGUGUCCAGGGGAGGGGAGAGGGGCAGUGUUACCCGCCGGCGGCCGGUUAUCGACCGUACGUCAUCAGAGCAGCGUCGACCGCCGACGGGGAGGGGCGGCCACCGACCGGCGACCACCGGCGACCGAGGAGCGUGACCGGCGCGACCGGCGCCCCGCUGUCUGUCGCCGCCUGACACUGUCACCGCCGAUGGACUCCAGACCAUUCCGACGCCCAGCCGUCUGCCUCUGAGAACGACUCGACCUCGGCCGGCCCAGCAACCGCACUGGCAGCUUGCAGACCAUUACAACUACACCGCGGGGACCGCCCUUCCCGUGAAUGUCUCACACUGACUCACGAACUGCCUGAGCUCGACCGCCGCCGGCCAGCGGUGAAUGAUCGUUCGGAGCGACUCCCAGGGCGCCCAUAGCGUGGCUGGACCCACCUGAGCCCUAAUGAGACGUCGUGGCACCGCCGCUGUCUGCGGACACCCCCGGGGAGCCGGACACUUUAUCGGACAGUUUGCACCGCUGGGAAUGGACGCGGCUGUGGCCGGCGACUGCGGCGGCCCACCGAGCCGACGCCCGGCGAGCCGCAGUGUGCCGGGUGUGCAGAGUGAGUUACAACUACACCGCAGGGACCGCCUUUCCCGUGAAUAUCUCACACCAGAGUGGAGUGGUCAGGCCGGAGUGGUAAUAUGUAGAGCUGAUCCACCCCGUACCGAUGCGGGUGCUGUCCGAUCUCUGCCGCAGACCUCUGAUUGAAUCCAGUCUGCGGGAAUGAGACGUCCUCCAGGGACGAAAUGCGAUGACAAGUUGCAUGUUUUUGCGAUAUGAUGCUCUGAACAGUUUGCGUUUCCUUUUUACGCUGAUAUGACUUCGUGGCAGUCACUGCGAUGCUUCAAAUCCCCUGGUUUCAUCGAACCUCUGCCGUAACGUUCCCAUUACCGCGGCUAUAUCCAAAAGCUCAUCAGGCCUAACAACCACAACAUGCAUUAUCCAAGCUCUCCCACCACGUCCUGACCUUUCGGCCCAAGUGUAUGUACGACGAUAUGAGCCUGUCGUGUACUCCGUGACCCCGGCUGACGACAGUUUGCUGUCAGUCAUGUGGCAGCUGUCCAUCACGUUGACAGACAGUUGAUAGCUAGCUGUCUUCGCUGGGGCUCAGAACAGUGUGUGUAUGUGUGUGUGUAUGUGUGGGGGGGGGGAGUCUGCGGGACCGGGUGGGACCUCCCCGACCUCCACUGGCGUCCCUCUAACGUCGGUCAGGCCGGAGACCCCCUGGUUACGGCGAUCCCCAGUGCUGUUCCAGCCCCUCCCUCCGUAACGUGCCGUGAUGUGACGGUCGCGGUGCGGCUGUUUUUCCACGAGGAGUGGUACCGGAGUGUAUGAGUGAGAGAGUGAACCACACCAGUUGUUGUGAGUCGAUCGCACAGCAAUACAAACAGACGCAGU